AAGUGUAUGAAAGCAUUAACUUUAAUGUUAACAUCAGAAUUUGAGAAAAAGAAGUUUAAUAAUUCAAAAUUUCGUCUAAAAUAAUCCAGAACUCCACGUUUCUAUCACUCACUGUAGGCUCCUGUCCCUUCCACCCCUGGGCGGGAACCCCUCCCAGGGACCCAGCCAGCUCUCAGCACUUCGGUCCCCACUGGCCUACUCGAUCCGACGGAGGGGCUCCUGCAACUGCGCUGUACCCUAAAUAUUUCCUGAAUCGAUUUGACUUUUACUUGUUCCAAUUUCGCUUUUUUUUGGUUGCUUUUUUACGAACAAGAGGUUUAGAAAACCACAUGGAAAAAAGGCAAGGCAGGCCCGGACGCCCCGCCUCCUGCCUCCCGGCCCCGCAGUGCCCGGAUGCCGGGCUCGCGCCCACGGCGCAGCCACACACGACCUCGGUCCCGUACUUCGCGCGUUCUCCUGCACCGCCGCGGCCAUCUCGCUCAGGAGCUCCUCCACGACAGCUGGCAACACUGCGGCCAUCGCGCCGCACGACACGCCCUCCACGACUGGUCGACCGCCGCGACGCUCCAGCUAACGGCGCCUACCCGCGGAGAAUCCCGACACGCCGGGGCAGGGCUAGACAGAGUGACGUCGACGCGCGUCAUCGCGCGUGCGGACGCAAGGAUGUCCUGCUCAGUCGUCAGGGCCCGGCCAAUCCAGAGGGCGCUUGCCGCGGGGGCGGGGGCCAGGAUCGCGCCUGGCCUGCAGUGCGCAGAGGACGCGGCGGGAGCAUGUACCGGCUCCUCAGCCGGAGUCUGGGCCGAGGCCUCCUGCGGGCCGCGGGGCGGCGGUGCCGGGGCUGCUCCGCGCGCCUGCCCCCUGGGCUGGCAGGAGGCCCGGGGCCCGAGGUGCAGGUGCCGCCAUCCCGAGUCGCGCCGCACGGCCGGGGCCCAAGCCUGCUGCCGCUGCUGGCAGCGCUCGCCUGGUUCUCGAGGCCCGCUGCGGCAGAGGAGGAGGAGGAGCAGCAGGGAGCCGACGGGGCCGCCGCCGAGGACGGGGCGGACGAAGCCGAGGCCGAGAUCAUCGAGCUGCUGAAGCGAGCCAAGUUGAGCAUCAUGAAAGAUGAGCCAGAAGAGGCUGAGUUAAUUUUGCAUGAUGCUCUUCGCCUCGCCUAUCAGACUGAUAACAAGAAGGCCAUCACUUACACUUAUGAUCUGAUGGCCAACUUAGCAUUUAUACGGGGUCAGCUUGAAAAUGCUGAACAACUUUUUAAAGCAACAAUGAGUUACCUCCUUGGAGGGGGCAUGAAGCAGGAGGACAAUGCCAUAAUUGAAAUUUCCCUAAAGUUGGCCAGUAUCUAUGCUGCACAGAAUAGACAGGAAUUUGCUAUUGCUGGCUAUGAAUUCUGCAUUUCAACUCUAGAGGAAAAAAUUGAAAGAGAAAAGGAAUUAGCAGAAGACAUUAUGUCAGUGGAAGAGAAAGCCAAUACCCACCUCCUCUUGGGCAUGUGCUUAGACGCCUGUGCUCGCUACCUUCUGUUCUCCAAGCAGCCAUCACAGGCACAAAGGAUGUAUGAAAAAGCUCUGCAGAUUUCUGAAGAAAUACAAGGAGAAAGACACCCACAGACCAUUGUGCUGAUGAGUGACCUGGCUACUACCCUGGAUGCACAGGGCCGCUUUGAUGAGGCCUAUAUUUAUAUGCAAAGGGCAUCAGAUCUGGCAAGACAGAUAAAUCAUCCUGAGCUGCACAUGGUACUCAGUAAUCUAGCUGCAGUUUUGAUGCACAGAGAACGAUAUACACAAGCAAAAGAGAUCUACCAGGAAGCACUGAAGCAAGCAAAGCUGAAAAAAGAUGAAAUUUCUGUACAACACAUCAGGGAGGAGUUGGCUGAGCUGUCAAAGAAAAGUAGACCUUUGACUUAAAUUCUGUCAAGCUCUAAAUCCAUUUUUGUGUAGGGAGAAUAAUGUCUAGCAAUGCGGAAGAAUAGCUGUCAUUUCUGUCUCUGUGGCACCCAAAUCAAUGGCUUAAAUCUGUCGUUUUUGAUAUUCAGGUUGCCUCAAUUUAGCCUUAGUGAAGGGGGAGUUGUAUACACUGCCAUUUUUGUAUUUUAAAGGAAAAAUGACUUUCAUUCCCAACUGAUUAUGAUCUUUCAGGACUGCUGUCAAGUGAUGCUUUCAGUUGUAACACAUGACUUGGUGCUGUCCCUACUGGUCUAAGUAGAACUACAGAUUAAUAUGGGCUGGCGUUCCUGUGGGCUGUGGGUGUGGUGAUUCAGCCUGGCAUUUCUACUAUAAGUUUUUGGUCUCUUGAUUUGCUGCCCUCUUUUCUCUUACUUUAUCAAUAUCUGGCAAACUAACCAGAAUUACCUUCUUCAUGGCAAAGGGGGAUUAUGGUGAAUUGUUCUUAUAAUCUGUUUCAUGAAGCACAGUAUGGAAUUUAAUGCAUAAAAAAGGAAAAUAUCUUAGUUUGCUACCAGCAUCCAGCAUGAAGUUUUAAAGUGGGGAUUAGGCACAUGACAGUAUAGCACCCAUUUGAAUUUAAAUAAAAGUGAACCAUACGUAUCUUGUUAUAUAAAACUAAAAGUGGGGGUGGGCUAGAAAGAACGAUGUAACCUUUUGUCUACGUUAUCUGAACGCUCUACUUCCUUUGCAGCCUUAGUCACACAACUGAGUCAUCUCAAGUACUCUUUAAGGACACACAGCCCAGGCUGUUCUGAGUCAGAAUAGGCCCCUACAGGUAUAUUUUAAAACUUCGUAAUUCUGAUGUGUACUGCUGCUAUAGUUGAACUACUGACCUGGAUCUUAGUCCUAGCCUUUUUGCUUUUGCAAUUUCAGUAUUUUCAUCUCUAAACUAGGGAAAUACUGGGAUUCUUUCUUAGCUGUGGGAGAAGGUAUUUGGUUAGAUGACUUUGAAUGAAUAGACUGCUGUGCUGGAAGAGCUUUGCCACACUGCCUCAAAGUAUGUAAAGAUACAUAGGUGGAUGCUCUUACCGCAGCAGUCAUAUGAGUACAUUUUUAGCCAUUUACCUAAGGAAAAAGACAGUUUUUCUAGGUACCAUGAAGGAAGACUGACCCUGUUGGUAUGCCUGUGGGGGUGGGAUGUGAGUGGGACUGAUAAACUGAUAUUUUUGGUUCGUAUGUACAUACUGGAAGAAUCUUUUCAUAAUAAAUGAGACUGUACAACAAGAUUGUAUGUAUCCCAGUAAUCUUUGCAUUUCUCACCAAAAAAAAAAAAACUUCCUGAAGAAUAAAAACACCGGAAACCUUGAGGUCCAAAUCCUCAGGGAUUAGACUAAAACUAUAGUUUUGUAUGUUGCAGAUGUAAAUUUCUUCCUAUUUUCUGUCUAAUCUCAUAUUUACCAUCCAGCUAAUGCCAUUUAUCAAGUCUAGCUCAGGAUAAGAUACAAUAUAAAUCAGACUGAGUUUCAGUAGAAACCAGUAUUAACAUAUGGUGAUUUCUUAAAAAAAUUAAUGUCAACCAUUCACCUUUUUGCAUUGAGAAUGUUUUUUACCUUUUCACAACUGCAGGGGUUACUGAAAGGUUUUUCAUUCCAAGUUUUAUUUAUUUAUUAAUUUAAAAUCAUCCACAGUGACUCAGUGGUCUGGUUGUUGGAAACACUAGGAGUUUUCAGGACAGUCUCUUCAUGUGGGUGUUCUCAUUACAGUUCAUUUGCACUGUUGUAAAAUAAGGUACUGAAGCAAAAGGAGGACUGAUCUCCUUUACUGAUUGUUCUAAAUUCAAAAGUGAAUUGGUUAUAAUCAUGUAAUUAAAUUUUUUGAACUGUCCAGUGGUCACUGGAGUUUUCAGGGCAUAGAUAUUUUAAAAAUAGAAUCACUCAGUGUACCAAAAUUAAAGCAUUAUGAAAUUUCCGGUCAUAAACAUGCACUGGAAAACUGGCUGUCAGAAUACUUCUAUGAAGAGUAUUAGGAAGACCUUAAUUUAGUUCUGGGUGCUAAACAAUCACGUGUAAGGAUAUAGUGUCAGAACAGUGAAAUCUAAGUCUACAAAGAAUAUCAUGCCUUUGUUUGCGGUGAACCUCAGUAAGUUGUCAGUGCUGCUCUGUGCUGUGCUUACCACUUAAAUCAUGAUAAGGUGAACCUCCAUAGGUAAGCCAUGUGAGACUUCUGUCCUUUCAUUUAUUUUGAACCAAGAACUGUUACUAGAUUUUAACUCUCAUUCUGAGAUUUCUUCUCCAGGUGAUGGUAAAUAAAGUAAUACGCACAUGCAUUAUGAGGAGGAUGGAGUGAGUGGUUCACAGCAGCUCACCUUCGGGUCCUCAAGUGGAACUGCAAGAGUAACAAGUUAGGCUCUGAUCUGACAUGUUCUCAGAAACUAUACAGUUGACCUUCAAAUAAUGCAGGAGUUAGGGGCAUAGACCUCCCAAGUAUAAAAAAUCCACAUCUAACUUUGACUCCUCCAAAACUUAACUACUCAUAGCCUACUGUUGACCAGAAGUCUUACGGAUACAAUAGUCGAUUGACACAUAUUUUGUAUAUGUAUUAUAUACUGUAUUCUUACAAUAAAGUAAGCUAGAGAAGAGAAAAUGUUAUUAAGAUUAUAAGGAAGAGAAAAUAUAUUUACUAUUCAUUAAGUGGAAGUGGAUCAUCAUGAAGGUCUUCAUCCUCGUCAUCUUCAUGUUGAGUAGGCUGAGGAUGAGGAGGGGUUGGUCUUGCUAUCUUGGGUGGCAGAGGUGGAAGAAAAUCCGUGUAUAAGUGGACCCACACAGUUCAAACCCGUGUUGUUCAAGGGUCAACUGUAUUCUGACUCAGAAUAGCUUAAGACCCUCAGGGUCAUAGAAAAAUACCAUCAUAAUCUCUUUUAUGGUAGGUUGGCAAUAUAAAUUAUUAACAAAUUCUAAAAUAUUACCAGUACCUGAAAAGAAAAAUUCAGCAGAAAACUGUGAAGUAGAACAUUUAGUCACUGUUUGUCAUUCAUUUUGAAAUUUUUAUGUGUUUACAUAUAUCUGUUGUAAAUAUACCAACUUUCCAAGUACUAGGAACGCCUGAUCUAAAGUUUGUGUUGGGGACCUCAGGUAUACAGAAGUGGAACAGGGACAGGAGUGAAAGCUUUGACUGGAGACAAAUGUGGGCUUAUGGCCUAUCUCUGUCACUCAUUUAACUGUAUGGGCAAAGUACUAAACCUGUGUCUUCAUCUGUAACAUAGGGAUUAGACACUAGUGAUAGGAGGGUCUUGGUCAGUAGCUAAUCACAGAGCUGCUUCCUUAAAAGCCUUGAGUACUUUUGUUUAAAAGUCUAGGUCUACUUGAAAGUCUGUAAAGUACUAAUUUUUAUCAUCUUGAGAGAUCUAUUUCUCCCCUUUCCAGUUACCAGUGGCAUUCUCCCAAAACUUAGUAUCUAUAUGUUAUGGAAAGAUAAUUAAAUGCUAUGAUAAAUUGUAUGAAAAAAACUUUAAAAUUCAGCAAGCAAUUCUUAAUGAAAGAUACAACUGGCCCUCUAGUACCAUAAUUAGUUUAGACUAAAUUCAGUCUUUUACAUUAUUUGCACCUUGAGAAUCUGUGAAAUGAAAACAUUUAACAGUAAACUCUUAUCCCAAGGAAGCAAAGUGAGAGUAAGUGCUGGUCCACAGCGAUGGGGAAAAGGGCUGUGUUCACCAUGUGUUUUUCAGGAUACAGCACAAAGCACAUCUAAAUACUACACAGAUCAUUAUCUUUUAACCCAACCAAUCAUAUAUAUCAAACUAAGGGAAAAAUAUGUAAGCUUUUCCUUUGGAACCUGAGACACCAGGAGCCUUAAAUCACAAAUAAUCUACUGUAGCUAUGGACAGGGUAGUCAAAUUUAUUUCAAAACAAAAGCUUUGUUGGGCUGCAUCAAAUGCAGGAGAAAAGGAAUACUUAGGGGCAUGGUUAAAUUACCAGUGUGCAUAACAGUGAGGUAUGCCUCAAAUAAGCCUUUAAAACUUUAUAAACUGAACUAGAACAUACCCAUGCAGUAAUAUUUUUUCAGUGCUACUAAUGAAAAAAAAAAAAAAAAAA